GGCUAAGGGGGCGGGUCGACCGCUAUUCCGGUGCACAGCCAAAGUAGUUAGCACCCAGGCUAAAAGCUAGCGAGCUAAGGGCCGCUUCAUCCGACGCGACAUGCCCAGCUGAAGCCCUGCACGGAAAAGGCUGUAAACUCACCCAGUGAAUCCACCGGCUGCUGCGAUGUCAGAGCCGAAGCCCCCCACUCCAACCCCUGGAGACACGUACAAGGGUUGGCUCUUCAAAUGGACUAACUACAUAAAAGGUUAUCAGAGACGCUGGUUUGUUCUGAGCAAUGGCCUGCUGUCGUAUUAUCGGACCCAGGCAGAGAUGGGUCACACAUGCAGAGGCACCAUUAACUUGGCCACAGCCAAUAUCACUGUGGAGGACUCGUGCAAUUUUGUCAUUUCCAACGGCGGAGCGCAGACCUACCACCUGAAGGCCAGCUCGGAGGUGGAGCGGCAGCGAUGGAUCACGGCCCUGGAGCUGGCCAAAGCAAAGGCCGUCCGUAUGCAGGCCGAAUCUGACGACUCUGGUGAUGAUUGUCCCUCAGCUCCACCCAGCGCAGGACAGGGGGGAGGCGCCCGUAACUCAGAAAUCCAGUCCACACUGAGAACAAUGGGCAGCAAGGUGGAGGACCUCACCACCUGCAACGAUCUCAUUGUCAAGCAUGGGUCUGCCCUUCAAAGGUCUUUGUCGGAACUGGAGGGGAUUCGUGUUGGAGGGGACAUGGGAGAAAAGAUCAGACAAGUUACAGAGAGGGCCACACUGUUCCGAAUCACCUCUAAUGCCAUGAUCAAUGCCUGUCGAGACUUCCUCUCCCUGGCCCAGACCCACAGCAAGCGCUGGCAAAAGUCCUUAACCACCGAAAGGGACCAGAGGAUACGGCUGGAGGAGACUCUGGAGCAACUGGCUAAACAGCACAACCAUUUGGAACGAGCUUUCAGAGGAGCUACGGUUCUCCCCUCUUCAUUCAGCAAUCCCGCCUUAGGUAACAAAGGCGGAGGUUCAGGAAAGGGAGAUGCCAGUGACGAGGAUGAUGACAAUGAGUUCUUUGACGCUAUGGAAGAUCCAGCAGAGUUUAUAACUGUCCCUGCCGACCCCAAGUAUCACAGGAGAUCCAACAGUAAUCUCAGUGGGUUCAGCAGUGAGACCGGGAUCGACGAUCAGUCGGUCAAUUUUGAUGAACUGUCAAUGGCAUCUAACCCGGAGUCUCCUCAGACUCUGGAGCUGGAGCCAGUUCGACAGAGACGGACUCAUAUCCCUGACAAGCCCAACUAUUACCUCAACCUGUGGAGCAUCAUGAAGAAUUGCAUCGGAAAGGAGCUGUCAAAGAUACCAAUGCCUGUCAAUUUCAAUGAGCCCCUCUCCAUGCUGCAACGUCUGUCCGAAGACCUGGAAUACUACGAGCUGCUGGACAAGGGUGCUAAAUGUCAGAGUUCUCUAGAGCAGAUGUGCUACGUCGCCGCUUUCACAGUCUCCUCCUACUCCACGACUGUCCACCGCACAGGGAAACCCUUCAAUCCCUUGCUGGGAGAAACCUUUGAGCUCGAUCGACUCAGAGAGUGCGGCUACCGCUCCCUAUGUGAACAGGUGAGUCACCACCCACCUGCUGCAGCUCAUCAUGCCCUCUCUGAAAAGGGCUGGACACUCAGACAGGAAAUAAGUCUUGCCAGCAAGUUCAGAGGAAAAUAUCUCUCUAUCAUGCCCCUGGGUUCUAUCCAGUGUUUGUUUGAUAAGAGCAACAAUCACUACUCUUGGAAAAAAGUAACUACAACAGUCCACAACAUCAUUGUGGGGAAACUGUGGAUCGAUCAGUCAGGGGAGAUAGACGUGGUGAACCACAAGACAGGAGAUCGCUGCCACCUCAAGUUUGCUCCCUACAGUUACUUCUCCAGAGAUGUACCAAGAAAGGUAACCGGAGUAGUAACGGAUAAGGAUGGAAAGGCCCACUACGUGCUCUCAGGGACAUGGGACGAGAAGAUGGAGUUCUCCCGGGUAAUGCAGAGCAGUAAAGGGGAGAACGGCACAGAGGGCAAACAGAGGACUGUGUAUCAGACCCUCAAAGCCAAAGAAAUCUGGAAAAAGAACCCUCUUCCAGAGGGAGCGGAGACCAGGUACUUCUUCUCCACACUGGCCUUGACUCUUAAUGAGUUUGAGGAGGGAGUGGCGCCAACAGACAGUCGACGACGCCCUGACCAGCGAAUGAUGGAGGACGGCCGCUGGGACGAGGCCAACGCGGAGAAACAGAGGCUAGAAGAAAAGCAGCGCACGGUCCGUAGAGAACGGGAGAGGGAGGCUGUUAAAGCCGUCUGCUCACCUGAGGAAGCUGAUGCACAGGAGACUGGCACAGAAGCAAGUGAGGUUUCUGAUGAAAGUGCCCAUCAAGACAACCACCAAGCACUGUGGUUUGAGAAGAUCGACGACCCCGUAUCCGGAGAGACCUUGCACAUCUACAAGGGGGGUUACUGGGAGGCGAAGGAGCAGGGCAGCUGGGACAUUUGCCCCGACAUCUUCUAACCGCUGCAGAAUUGGCCCGUUUUCCCUCAGCGGUGUUCAAAUGAGAAGGGGGUAAGAAGAGACCCACCUGACAUCGGCUAAGAGUGUGGAAUCCAGCCUGACGUCAAACUUUCUUUAAUGUCUGUAGCUUCAACCGAUCACCUCAAUGUAGACACACACUGCACAUUGAGCUUUGUAGUAACAUGGCGUCUGGUCAGUCAGUGCUCAGAAACCCUUCUCACUGCCUCUCAAACACUCUCCUUAUCUUUGUCUUCUUCUGCUACUUGUUCUGGGUCCAUGGGCCUCUGUGGGUUCAGUGUGUCCUCAGCAGCACUAAUGUCAGGCAUCAUUCAUCCAGACGGCAUUACUCUUUAUAAGGUUUGCUUAGACAGAUUGAGCCACAACCUAACAUCUAUUAAAUGUGUUUCUGUUU